GGCGAGGCUAAGCAACAUCUCUGACCGGAGUUGAAAAAACACACACAGCGCUAUUAGCCUGUACCAGUAGAUUAUUGCAUGUCUGGACUAUAUCCGGGAAUCAUCGUGGAACGACAAACCAGAUAUUGACUUUUAUUCCUGAAAGCCUCUGCUUCUGCUUCGCGGACGAGACAUGUCCUCAUCGGCGUCCAGACCUUUAUUUGUCAUCUGAGAGGAGUCGUAGCUUGACUGGCUAACGUUAGCUGGCUAACUCCCUCUACCCCCUCAUACGAGCUAGCCACUUAGCGACAGAGGUGUGAAAAUAUAAAGAAAUCCGGCUUUGGCAGGCUGUGGACAAGAGAACGACACCUGACAAUGAAUGGCCUUUCUGUGAGUGAGCUGUGCUGCCUGUUCUGUUGCCCCCCCUGCCCCAGCCGCAUUGCUGCCAAGCUUGCCUUUCUUCCCCCCGAGCCCACCUAUGCCCUCCUGCCCGAUCUGGAGGCCGGUCCGGUACCGGCGGGAUCCACAGGGACAUCAGGCCUCCGUUCACGGGGAGGAGGGGGAGGUGGAGGGAGUUCGGUAGGGGGAAGCAGUGCUACAGGAGAGGGGCGCUGGAAGCUCCACCUCACAGAGCGGGCAGAAUUCCAGUAUUCCCAACGGGAGCUGGACGUCACGGAAGUGUUCCUGACACGCUCCAGCCGGGGAAACAGAGUGGGCUGCAUGUACAUCCGCUGCGCCCCCUCCGCCAGGUUCACUGUCCUGUUCUCUCAUGGUAAUGCGGUGGAUCUGGGGCAGAUGAGUAGCUUCUAUAUCGGCCUGGGCACCCGCAUCAACUGUAACAUAUUCUCCUAUGAUUACUCCGGCUACGGGGUCAGUACGGGGAAGCCCUCUGAAAAGAAUUUGUAUGCAGAUAUAGACGCGGCGUGGCAGGCUCUACGCUCACGAUAUGGCAUCAGCCCAGAGAACAUCAUCCUGUAUGGACAGAGCAUUGGCACAGUGCCCACAGUAGACCUGGCCUCGCGAUAUGAGUGUGCGGCUGUGAUUCUCCACUCUCCUCUCACCUCUGGCAUGAGGGUGGCCUUUCCUGACACUAAGAAGACUUACUGCUUUGACGCAUUUCCCAACAUUGAGAAAGUGUCUAAAAUCACGUCUCCAGUGUUGAUCAUUCACGGAACUGAGGACGAGGUGAUCGAUUUCUCCCACGGGCUGGCCCUGUACGAGCGCUGCCCUAAAGCUGUGGAGCCGCUCUGGGUGGAGGGAGCCGGACACAAUGAUAUUGAACUGUACACCCAAUACCUGGAACGCCUCCGUCGCUUCAUUGGCCAGGAGUUGGCCGUACAACACGCCUAAAACUCUCCUCCAUUUCCUUCUCAUAAUCCCACCAUCUCCCAGUCUGAGCGACUGUGUGCAUCACUAACUUAUUAAAGGCUGCCAUUUUGUAUGGACAAACAUCACUGUCGGAGACCAGCGUGACAGAAUUUGUUUCUUAGGUAUUUUCUUUUUCCAUUUGUCACAUCUGUGUGUGUGUUGAACUCUGGGAGAUGGGAGUGGAGUUUCUUUGAGGAAAGCAUGGACUGAUUCUGGUUUCAGUCCAAUGAAAUAAGCCAGACCUAAAGUCCUGUACCUCUCUUUCUCCGUCUGAGCAUUCAUCUGUCAGUUUGCCGCACUCCCAUGAUGCCUCAGCCUUCCCACUUCUCAUCAGGCAACCUAAAAUAGCUCAAUCUCAGCAGCUGGCAAAUUUCCUAGCCUCGCUGACCCUGCGGGACGGAAUAAGCCGGUUGUUUGGUGGAUGAUUUUCAGGAGUGAGUUUUUGAAGCAUCCUCCACAGAUGCCAACCUCUGCGUUUUCAUUCACUCGUCAAAACCAUUUGGCGUCCUCUGGAGGGCUGUUGUGCCCAGGUGUGUGUGUGUGGGUCUAUUCUGUCUCAUAUACCCUGCGGGAUGUUGAUCUCUAUGCACCGACGUUCCCUUCCAAUGAGUUUUUGCCUUUAUGUAAAGGAUGAGAUGAUGAUCUGCACCGCUCCAGGCAGGGAAAGCUCAGAUUUGAGGACGUUGGCUUUCGGUUCUCCUAUUUUUUUUUCCUCUUUUCGCUGUCUUUAUCCUUUCUUCUUAGCAUGUCAGGGUGUCCAUAGCACCCUGAGGUGAUAGAAUCCAGCUCAUCAUCAUCAUAUUUCAGUUAAAUAUUCUCGGGAUGACUUGAUACAGAGUAUAUUCACAGCCAGAUCCAUACAUCAUGUUGGGCCAGUAGAAAGAUCAAGGUUUCUGGGUCAAUUCGGGACUUUCCUGAAGCCACAUUCUCGGAGUAGCAUUUCCACAUUCAUUCUGAAGCGUUUUAAUCUGGGCUUUUAAAUCAAUGUGAUUUAAUUGUGUAAGAAGCGAUAAGGCGCACAACAACACGGGUAGCAGUCGGAGAUUAAUGCAAAAAUCACUUUUGAGCCCUGUGGUAACUCGCAACCAGUUUUUCCUGUUUUAAGUGUGGCAUCACGUCUGUUUGUAUCAUGGCAUUCGAAUCUGACAUCAAGCUCUAAUUGCACAUGUUAACUCACUAUAAUUUCUUGUUCAAAAGCAUAGCACAUCAUUUAAAGUUUCGUCUUCAUGAUUAUUAUUCUUUCCCGUUCCUAGUCAAAUUGCUAGUUAGUGGCACAUAGUUUAAAUCAUCUAAGCAAUGUACUGACAGCUGGGUAGGUUUAAAGAUUAUAACUAGCAAUAAAGGCACAACAAUGAGGUCAUCUUCAAAGGGAGUUUGUCUGAAGUGAUUUGGACUCCACUAAUAUUCUUAAAGUGAACGGAUCGCACGAUUUCAAAACACUAGUGGUGAAUUCAGAGCGGCGUCUUUCUUUCAGAGUAAGCUUUUACAACUGUGAAUUAUCAAGGAAACUUGCUGCUACAGAUCUUGAUUGAAUGGUCUUCAACAAAAUGAAAAGAGCCAAACCGUGUGACCUUUCGUUGUUUUGUGACGCAUCAAAGACUAGCGAAGCUUGUCAGUGAGAUAAGACGUGACUUCUCCGUGCUGUGUGAUUCAUUCUUGCCCUUUUAACACUGUGGGCUGCACAGCUAUUCUAGAUUUCACAUCGUUUGCGUUUAUUUGAUUCAUUGAAAAUUCAGUAUCUUGGCAGGGUAGGUUUUUGCUUGAUAAAUAUUAUGAUUUUGUGGUGCCAGAUAUGAGAUAAUCUCUGGAUAUCCUGUUUGUCUUCUCUUUUUGGGGGGGUUUAACCUCCGUCUAGUCAUCCAUUCAUCCAUCCAUCCAUCCUCUCUAUUCACAUGGGUUCUGCAUAAAAGGAUGGUUCAAUCAAAAAUGAAAAGGUGAUGAUUAUUUACUCGCUUUGAGAUCACUUCUUUAAAAGAGAUUCAAAGAGAAUCUGUGCUACCAGCAUUCAAAUCAUUAUUGAGAAAAUCAUUAUUCAAUAUCAUUAUUUGGUGAUAAAAAUAAUAACUAAAUUAGUAAAUUAAUAUUAUUGGCUUUUGAUAGUAUAUUAAAGUAUUAUGAAGCAAAGUAAGCUGUCUGUGCAGGAAAAUGAACAUUAUUUACAACAUUUAAACAGAUUUCCGAUGUUUGAUAGACAGUUAGGGGAAAAAAGAGACCACUUGAAGAUUUCCAGUUUCUCUAAUUGUUGAUUUUAGUUAUGCGUUUGAGUUAAACCAAAUUGUGCUUUAUUCCGUAAACUGCAAAUGACAUUUCUUCCCAAUAUUAAAUAAAAAAUGCUGUCAAGCAUAAAAUAACAACAUGUGGCAUUUUUUCAGACACUUUUAAUAGACAACAUAAUAUUAAUGUUUUAACAUUUUACAUUCCUCAGGUGAUACAAAACACAGACGUUUUGGCACAAUGCAUUCCACACACCGAGGAAGGCAUUGUGCUGAAAUGUCUGUGUUUUGUAUCACCUGAAGAAUGUAAAAUAAAAACUAUACCAAGUAAUUUUUGUAAUUCUUUUUUUUUUUUCUUUCUAUUGAACAUUUUGAUUUUGAACAAAGCCCGAGAUCCACCCAACAAAAAUAAAUAAAUAAUAAAAACGGUAAUACUGUAAUAAUAGGGAAAAAAUCUGGAUUGAAACAUAUCUGAUACAGUCUCAUGUUUAACCAAUAUUUUUUUUUUUUUUUUUACUGCCACAAUUUACUUUACAAAGUAAUUAUUUAAUGAGUGCAAAUCAUGACCUUCUAAAUAAUAUUAUUGACAAGAUUAUUGCACCAAAAAAAGUUUACAAAAUCCGCGAGCACACAGCGCAAACUUCACUAUUCAACAGAAGAAUUUUGAAAUCAGUAUUUAGUGCAAUCACCUUGAUCACUAUAAAUGAAAACAUUUGUUAUUUUGGCCAAUUGUCAUUUUUAGAUUUCAAAAGUCCAAAUUCUAAUCUUUUUGUUUCAAAUUUUGAAGACCUUUUUAUAAAAUAAAAAAAAAAUCCAUUUUACUGAAAACCAAACUAGUAAAUCCAGAGAAUCCAGGAUUAUCAAGUUCUAUUAAUCAAGUGGUCAAAAAAAAAAUUUCAUAGUUGUGUGACAUCGCUAAGGAUUCAUAUAAAGCGUUGAAAUGUUCCAGUGUUCCAUUUCUUGCAUAGAUAAAGAGCCGGUAGUCAUUAAAGGGAUAGUUUACACAAAAAUGGAAUUCUGCCAUGAUUUACUCACUCUUCACUUUUUAAACAUGUAAUUUGAGUUUCUUCUGUUGAAAACAAAAGAAGAUAUAUUAAAAAAUGCUAGUUGAUCGAGCCUAUUGAUUUCCACAGUAACUUUUUCUAACACUGAAGUCGAUGAGUUCCAGAAACCAUCAUUCUUCAAAAUAUCUUCUUUCGUAUUUAACAGAAGAUUGGUUUAAAACCACAUGAGGAAUAAAAAACACAAUGAGGUAAUUUUAAUUUUUAUGAAUGACAGGAUUUAAAGACCAUGAGGGUAAAUAGUCUAACACUCAAUUUUUAUUUAAGUGCGAACAAUCCCUUCAAAAUCACUCCCAUUAUUGCACCGGGAUUCUGUUUUCCGUUUUGACACAAAAUCCAAAAAACCAAUUCCCUGCAAAUCCAUGUUUCGUCAUAUAGUAAUCUGUGGUUGGACACAAAGAGGCUUGUUCAUUCUCCAUCCUAACCAAAGAUGACAGGUGUCAGAGUUGCCAGUUGUCAGCGCUCAGAUGUGGAUUGAAGCGAUGGACUUGUGCUUUUCAGAGCCGCGUCUCGCACAAUACAGCCUGCUGUUGACGCCGCAGAAGGGAAGUUUUGUGUGGACUGUUGUCGUGUGUUUUCUUCCUGUAAGACGCAAGUGUUUGGAGGCCUGAAGCAAUACUGACUUGGAGCCAGCAGACUGGAUUUGGGGACAUAUAUAUAUGGAAGGGGACAAGGACGUUGGUUUUUUGGGGAUUUGGGACUGGAGAGACCCGUCCCAAUACAUUCAGAUACAACCCUUUUUUUUUUAUUAAAGGAUUUUUUUUGUUUUCUUGUUUAAAGAACGUAAGUUAUAGAAAUGUCUUUUUAAAACUCUCAGAUGUUCGUACUGUAUAACAUUGUUUGAGGAGCUUAAUCUUGAGGUUUGAGAAUCGUUUUUUUAUCUUAAUGAAUCGGGAGCAAGAGUUAAAGGGUGAUACUGUUCUGUCCUUUUAUGCAUUAUUCUGAUGUUGUUGAUUUUAGUUUGAAAUAUGUCUUUUUUCCUUUUCCAGAAUUAAUAAAAAAGAGAUCGUAGAAAAUAAAGUUAUGAAUUGGUA